UAGAAGACGAGUGUAUAAAGACGUGUUAAACAAAAGUUAGAAAUAGUGAAAUUAAAAGAAAAGUGGGCGAACCAAUUUUUUUGAAGCAGGUAACAAAAUUAUCCUAAAUUAUAAAAACAAAUAUUAAAAUAAAUUGUCUAUUCAGAUUCAAGCUAUCAAAAGGGUCACAGCCGACUUUUCACUACAAUCUCGACAAUCUUCAAAAAAAUUGAGGUUAUGGAUGAGAACUCUCAACAUUCGGUCGUGAUGGAUGGUGUGAGCAUUGUGGAGCCCACCACGGAAUCCGGGAACCAGCAAUCGAGCUGUACCGAAUGCCGACGGCCGGACAGCGCGGAAAAUAUGGUCCAGUGUGACAAUUGUGAUGGUUGGCAGCAUUACACGUGUGCGGGAGUGGACGACAGCGUUGCGGAUCGUUCGUGGGUGUGUGCCCUUUGUGCUGGACAUCAGCAGCAAGAUGAUGUUGCCUCCAAUCGAAGCGAAUCCAGUCGCUGCAGUGCAACAUCGGCAUUUUCGGUGAGUUUGGGCCAGUUGGUGGAGAAGCAACAAGCGGAGCGAGCUCGUGCGGACUUAGCGCUGCAGCGUCGCCAUCUUGAGGAGCAGCAGCAGCUCAUUGACAACGUGCUAGGUGGAGAGGCAGUCAGCGGAGAGGCCUCAGGAGGCUGCGAUAAUUGCGUUUCUUCACGGGAAGUGAAUUCCGAAACGUUUUCGGGUGAGCGUAAACGACCUCCAACUACACCUAACCCCGAAGCUCCCAUAUCAUCGUCCGUGCGUCGCUCAACGCCAUUGUUGGGUGUAUCACGACUAAACGAACCGCCUAUGGUUUCAAUUCCAUCUGAUGUGCUGGACGAACUCGCUCUAAACCCUCGGCCGGAGGUACAGGACCCACAUGCUGCUUUAUCGGAACUACGGAAUCGCGUCGAACGGUGUGAAAGGCGAGCAAAUCCGACCCCGGAAGAACUGGACGCACUACGUGUCCAAUUAGAGAGGUGCCGAGAACUUCUGGAGGGAUUCCAAUCCGGAAACGAUGGAAGCAGAAACCGAUCGUCGAACAUAAACCAGCCGGCAGCGGGUCAACUGUCAACGCUGGCGGCGAGCAAGCCGCCUUUGGAAAAGCAGAUCGGUGCGAUCCCGAAGGCGAGUCGUAAGUUACCACCUGUGCUGGAAGGUGAUCAGCCAAGAGGACAUUCAGCAACUGGACUGGAGGAAAGUACUGACCCUCUUUGGCCAUUGAGGGAUGUGGUAAGCCAGAAUAAUCCGCCCGUGGUAAGUCGGAAAGCCGCAUCGAUCGAAAUGCGCCCCGAACAUAUGGAACCCCCAGGUAAGCGUCAAGCCUUGAGCCAUUUGAGUAAAUUUCCAUCACAUAAUAGCUCCACGACCAUUAUAAAUAAAGAUACCCGUGAGCAGUCGCGAAUUGACGCGCGCCCGGGAGAAUUGUAUAUGCCUCCAACAAUAUCCUUUAAUCAGUCGCGAGAAUCACUCGCGCGUCCAAAUGAAUCAAUAAUGAUUAAUCGAAAAAUAUAUCAAACCGAACACCGCUCGACCGGUGAACAAACGCGUGAAACUCCCCCGCGUACGGUUGAUUUGUCUCAGUACCGUCGUCAGUCAGAUAAUUUUCAAAUAAAUCAAGUGAUGCCUCCCUCACGAUCAGUUAGUGCUCCCUCACAACAACAGCUAGCAGCAAGACAGUCCCUGGCAAAGGAACUUCCUCGAUUCUCCGGUGAUCCCGCCGACUGGCCGAUUUUUAUUUCCAAUUAUCGUUAUACAACGGAAGCCUGUGGUUUUUCGGAUGGUGAAAACAUGCUUCGUCUGCAACGGUGCUUGACCGGACCAGCGCUUGAAACGGUGCGCAGCCGGUUGGUGUUGCCAGCAGCGGUUCCCCAGGUGAUCGAGACACUCCGGAUGCGGUUUGGACGUCCAGAAUUGCUCAUCAACGCAUUGUUGCGUAAGGUGAGAGAAAUCCCAGCACCAAGGUCAGACAGAUUGGAAGGGUUGAUCGACUUCGGGAUGGCCGUGCAGGCUUUAUGCGACCACAUCGAAGCGGCGAAUGAACGCGCUCAUCUUUCAAAUCCAUCGCUUCUGCAGGAGCUUGUAGCAAAGCUUCCCGCUGAUCAACGAAUGAUGUGGGCGGGAUAUAAACGAGGAUUCCAACACGUAGACUUGAAAACUUUCGGUGAUUAUAUGGCGUCAGUGGUACAAGACGCGACCAGUGUGGUUAGCUUCGAGCCCGAGGUUAAGAAGAACAGCGCUCGCGACCGCCUGAAGAACAAAGGAUUUGUGAACACCCAUGCAACAGAUAAACCAACCAAUUCCAGCGAUUCUCCGAAGAAACCAAUAGAGUCAGCUAAACGUUCCGACUGCUUGCACUGUAACCAAGAUGGACACCGGGUGCGCGAAUGUGGCGCGUUCAAGCAGCUGACUGUCGACGAUCGUUGGAGAAGAGUCCGUGCAUUGCAACUGUGCCAGAACUGCCUGUUCAACCAUGGCCGACGUGCGUGUCGGGGACGGAAGACCUGCGACAUCGAAGGCUGUCAGUUUCGCCAUCAUCCGCUCCUACAUUCGCCUAGUGGACCUCCGAAGUUGAUAGCACCGAAGGUUCAGGUGGCCGAAAAUCAUACACACCACCACUCGAAUGCUUCUACACUGUUCCGGAUCAUUCCUGUAACGGUGUAUGGGAAAGAUGGGUCACUCAACACGUUCGCAUUCUUGGACGAGGGUUCUGAUCUAACGUUGGUGGAGAAUGAUCUGGCUACGACGUUAGGAGUAAAUGGCACUCCACAUCCACUUUGUCUUCGAUGGACUGGGGACACUUCCCGAAUAGAAAAUGAUUCUAGGCAAAUUACAAUCGAGAUCGCUGGAAUCGGGCAAACCAAACUACACAAGCUUGUGAACGCAAGGACCGUCAGUAACCUUGGUCUUCCUCGUCAGAGUUUCCAGAUGAAAGAAGCAGUGCGGUUGUACCCACAUCUUAAGGGCAUCCCGGUUAGCAGCUAUCAGAACGUGAAACCAAAGAUUCUCAUCGGUAUCGACAACCUGAGGCUGGCACUUCCUUUGAAGAUACGAGAAGGUGAUGGUGCGGCCCCAGUAGCGGUUAAAACCAGACUAGGCUGGUGCGUCUACGGGCCGCGAGGAAACGGCAAGCGCGAAUCAUACAGUUUCCACGUUUGCAAAUGUUCCUGCGAUGAGGAUCUUCAGGCAACUGUGAAAGAAUUUUUCGAAAUUGAAAGUGCAGGAGUUAUUCCGCCUGAGCCGUCACUUUCAAAGGAAGAUCAGCGGGCAUUAACCAUCAUUGAAACAACGACAAAACGAUGUGGUAACCGCUUCGAAACGGGAUUGGUCUGGAAAGAAGAUCAUGUGGAAUUUCCAGAUAGCUACCCGAUGGCUCUUCGACGUUUGGAGUGCCUCGAGCGUCGGAUGAGUCGCGAUCCGGAGUUGAAGGAGAACCUUCACCGGCAAAUGCGCGAAUAUGAAGCCAAGGGAUAUGCUCACAAGGCCAUACCUGAGGAACUUGAAGCCGCCAAUCCAAGAAGGAUAUGGUAUCUCCCGGUAGGAGCGGUGGUUAACCCCAAGAAACCGGGGAAAAUCCGUAUGGUCUGGGACGCGGCUGCGAAAGUAAACGGUGUGUCUCUGAACGGCGCGCUACUCAAAGGUCCGGAUCAACUCUCCUCGUUACCUGGAGUUCUCUUCCGUUUCCGUUUGUAUUGCAUAGCGGUCAGCUCAGACGUUAAGGAAAUGUUUCACCAGCUUAGAAUCCGCGAUGAAGAUAAAAUUUCUCAACUAUUUUUAUGGCGUAACAAUCCAUCGGAGAAGCCCACUGUAUACAUGAUGGACGUCGCGACAUUUGGAAGCACCUGCUCGCCUGCUUCGGCGCAGUUUAUUAAAAACCGUAACGCAGAGCAAUAUGCGGAAUUACAUCCGGAAGCAGCGAAGGCGAUAGUUCAUGACCACUAUGUGGAUGAUUAUCUGGCGAGUUUCAGCUCAGUGGAGGAGGCAGCGAAAGUAGCAAGCGACGUGCGAUACAUUCACGGUAAAGCAGGCUUCAACCUACACAACUGGAGAUCGAACAGCAGCAUACUUCUACAGAAAUUAGGCGAAAUCCAGCAAGAAGCAGUCAAGCAGCUGAAUCUGGUGGAAGGAGGAAAUACGGAAAGGGUCCUCGGUAUGCUUUGGAGUCCUACAACCGACGAAUUGAGUUUCUCCACUCAGAUGAACGACGAGAUGCAAAUACUGAUCCGUACAGAUACACGUCCAACGAAAAGGCAGGUGUUACGAUGCGUAAUGACCUUAUUCGAUCCUUUGGGACUACUUUCGCCGUUUAUCAUUCACGGCAAAGUUCUGAUCCAGGACCUGUGGCGAGAAGGUACGGACUGGGAUGAGAAGGUCAGCGACGCAGUUUACGUGAAAUGGCAGAGGUGGAUAAAAAUGAUCGAAUAUAUUUCCGAUAUCCGCAUCCCAAGAUGCUACUUCAGUGGUGCUACACGAAUAACAUAUCAGAAUUCCGAAGUUCACGUGUUUGUGGACGCUAGCGAAGUGGCCUAUUCCUGUGCGGUUUAUUUGCGCACGUUCAACGAAGAGGAGAAUCCGCAGUGCUGUCUGAUCGCCGCCAAAUCGAAGGUAGCGCCUCUGAAACCCUGGUCUAUUCCCAGACUGGAAUUACAGGCAUGUGUUCUAGGCACACGAUGGGCGAAAUUUGUUGUAGGCCAUCUCGACGUUCCCGUAACCAAGGUCACGUAUUGGACAGACUCCAGAACCGCACUGGCCUGGAUCAAAUCAGAUCCUCGGAAUUAUCGACAAUUCGUUUCCUUCCGAGUAGGCGAAAUUCUGGAACAGACAACAGCGACUCAAUGGAAGUGGGUACCAUCGAAAUCCAAUCCUGCGGACGAAGCGACGAAAUGGGGAAGUGGUCCGUACUUCAAUCAAGACAGCAAAUGGUUCCGAGGACCCAAUUUUCUGUGGCUAGCGGAAGAAGAGUGGCCCCGUGUUAAAGAGCCAGUGGUGGCUACUGCAGAAGAAAUGCGAGCGUCGAUUCUUCAUCACCGUACGAUAGAGACAACCAUAGAUUUCCACCGGUUCUCUACCUGGGAGAGACUGCAACAUGCCACAGCAUAUGUCUUGCGAUUCCUGAAUAACGCGUCCAAGAAGCAGCCGAAAUACUCCGGAUCACUACAACAGGCGGAACUGCAUGCUGCCGAAGAAAUCAUCAUCAAAUUAACUCAACGUGAAGCUUACACAGAUGAAGUUGCUGCAUUGUCGAAUAAAGCUCUGAAUAAAUCGGGACAGGAGGUCAUCGGGAAGAACAGUUCCAUAUACAACCUUAUGCCGUUCCUGGACGAUCGUGGCCUGCUACGCGAGCGUGGCAGAAUUGAGGCAGCUGAAAGUGUACCACAUGAAGUGCGACAUCCGCUGAUCCUUCCGAGGAAGCAUCACGUCACUGAACUCCUGGUAAACAGAUAUCAUCGCCGCUACAGACACGGGAACGCAGAAACUGUAGUGAAUGAGUUACGUCAGCUUUACACGAUUCCACGACUUCGUUUAGUAGUGAAGAAAGCAAAACGCGAUUGCGCGCUCUGCAAAAUUCGUCGGACUCGACCAAUGAUUCCACCAAUGGCGCCGCUUCCGGUUGCGCGUCUGGCCCAUCACGAACGACCAUUCACCUAUACGGGGCUGGACUAUUUCGGGCCGCUGCUGGUGAAGCUGGGAAGGUCUAUAGUUAAACGAUGGAUAGCACUCUUCACCUGUCUGACAGUGCGCGCUGUCCACUUGGAAGUCGCUUACACUCUAUCAACAGAGUCAUGUAUCUCCUGCGUUCGUCGAUUCGUGGGACGACGGGGAUCGCCGGUAGAAUUCUUCAGCGACAAUGGAACGAAUUUCAAAGGAGCCGAACGAGUACUGCAGCACCAGAUAAACCAGGGACUGUCCUCGACAUUCACCAGUGCCAACACGAAAUGGAGCUUUAUACCACCGGGAGCUCCACACAUGGGAGGAGCUUGGGAACGCUUGGUGCAAUCAGUAAAGGCGGCUAUGGCUGAAGCGUACAUAGAAGGGAAGCUAGAUGACGAGGGGCUGCAGACACUGGUCGUGGAGGCUGAAAAUAUAGUAAACUCAAGGCCUCUGACGUAUCUACCACUCGAGUCUGAGAUGGCAGAGGCACUCACACCAAACCACUUUUUGUUGUUGAGUUCAAACGGGGUAAAGCGACGAGGCGAAGAUGUGGCUCUGGGUCAGUUGAACGACCUAGUACGCCGACAAAUUCUGGGAAAAUCCUGGGAACUGAUACAACGUCAGUUGGAGACAUUUUGGCAGCGCUGGCUAGUCGAGUACCUGCCCGUGAUUCGCCGACAAGCCAAAUGGUUCGACGAAGUCCGAGCGUUGGAACCGGGUGACGUGGUAGUGGUAGCGGAACCUACAAAGCGAAGUGGAUGGGAGAGAGGACGAAUCAUCCGUAUGAUUCCUAAUCCGGAUGGCCGGUGCCGUAGAGCAGUGGUGCAAAUCGGAGGAAAAUCUUCAGUGCGACCGGUGACUCGGUUGGCGUUGCUCGACGUGGUAAAUAGAUGUGGAGUUCCGGAGGACUCCGGACUACACCCGGGGGAGACUGUCAACGCAGAAUUCGCCGAGCUGGCAACCCUAUCCACCGGCAUUACUGAAGGGGCGAAUCGGCUGUCAAUGAGCUGAACGGUUGCAAGCAAGGCGGGCGAUUUCAAGCGAAAUGUCAAAAUCAUUUCCGCUUGCCAACGACAAUCUCAUUUCGGAUUAGAAGACGAGUGUAUAAAGACGUGUUAAACAAAAGUUAGAAAUAGUGAAAUUAAAAGAAAAGUGGGCGAACCAAUUUUUUUGAAGCAGAUUCAAGCUAUCAAAAGGGUCACAGCCGACUUUUCACUACAAUCUCGACAGUCACUAUAGUAGUUUGCGAGCAGCAGUGGUUUGAAUGGAACAUGGUUUGUAGUACGUUUCGGAAAUAAUGUGUGACGAAAAACACGAACAAUAACGCACCUGCCCAUAACGUGCUGUCGGUGAAGCAGUUUUUAGCCGAUAAGGGCAUUCCAGUGCUUGAACAUGCCCCGACUCACCAGAUCUAGCCCCAUGCGACUUUUUUCUAUUCCCCAAGAUCAAAUCCGUGUUGAAAGGUACCCGAUUUCAGUCGCGAAGGAAAAGCGACGCAGCUUUUGAACGCCAUCACAAAAGAAGAGUUUCAGCACUGCUUCGAACAAUGGAAAAAAACGUAUGGAAAGGUGUGUGAGGAGCCAAGGGGAGUAUAUCGAAGGGGAACAUAUCGUUGUACCGUAAUUUUAAAAAUAUAUCCCUUUUUCGCAACCAGUCUCGUUAUUUAAUAUCCAUCCCUCAAUAAUGAAACCACAAUCACUCGCGGCGUUUGACAUGCUAAACAUUGUGACUUUAACGCAAAUGAAAAACAGGUUCUAACGAAGGAAAUAUCUUCAGAGCAUAGCGAGAAUUCGUAUUUCGUAUAUUGAAUGAUACCAUACUUCUAAUGUCAUAGCCUACUUGUCAACCACAGCACCCCUCCACUAAUUCAAAACCAUAAAAAGCGACGAUCAAAACUUGAACACAUCAUCAAUGAUGUAUGAACUGUAAUAUAAAUCAAUCGGAUGCUAUGUGUAUCAAAUCGACAAACAGACGCGCGUUUGAAUUGUAUGUAAAAAGGUGGCGAAAGCCAAUGCGAAGCCGAAUGUGAAUACAUAUAGAAUUAUGGUACAACGUCGUACGUAAAAUAUGUAUAUUCUCUAUUGUAAGAAAAGACCAGCUUCAAAUAAACGUCUACCAGACAUAUUAAACCA